AAAAAAAACUGAAUUCAUAGCGACUAAGUACAGAAUAAAUCUCCUCCAUGAAAAUAUGAGUAUAUUUUUCUUAUUUGGAGAGUCCCAUCGGCAAUCUAAUAAUAGGAAGGGAAAACCAGUCUUUCGUCAGUCUAGAUCGAGUUCACGGUAGCAGAUCAUUUAAUAACAUAAGACUCAUCCGAUCAAACAACAUCUGCCUUUUUAAAAGAUGAUGUGGAUUUACUUAUCAAGUAUUUUAAUGUUUGUAAUGUGCAAUUCUCAAGAUAUUCUUUUUCCAACUGAUGAGGAGACGUCAUAUAUUAGUGGAAAUAUAACAACGUUGACGGAGCGAAUACCAGUUUUUAUUCCGGACACAUGUCCAGACAAUAUGUUACUGUAUCCAGGAGCCGGUAAUAAAAGUAUCUGGAUCUGUGAUUGUAGACCAAGAUUUCUCUACUUUCCAUUAAGUCAUUCGUGUUAUGAAGCUUACAGACAAGGUCCAUGUAGCAAAGGCGAAUAUGUCGUACUACCUUCAGAUGAAGUUGUACCACGAUGCCAAGUUAAUCCGUGUGGUGAAGACGGUUUGGUUAGUUAUAAUGGUGUUUGUUACUAUCUUAAAACUAAAGGAGGUCCUUGCGCACCUGAUGGAGUACUUGGCGUUAAUGAAACUACUUUUGAAAUUCAAUGUAUAUCAACUGAUCUUGCGCCAUUUGUUAUUGUAAAUGUACCACAACUAACGUGUUCUCCAGGAAGUCGGAGAAAUUCUCUUGGUGUUUGUAAACCACCCUUUAAAUCUAUACCAUAGACAUCAUGAAUAAUUUAUCAAUUUUAUUUUAUUUAAUACGUUAUUUAUAAUAUUUAUUCAACUAAUAAAAAUUU